GUGCCACUUGUUCGGCACCACCAGACGCCUAGAACGCCUAGCGCAUACGUGUACUGGGGGGGCUCGGCGAUCGCAGUACUGUGUUAUUAUUAUUAUUAUUUUUGUACACACGACAGUAACGAUUACGAAUCGGUAACGCGUUAGCGUAUCGUGCCCGGCACUGACAUUUCACUCGUAUUCGUGUCGCAGUGUAUGCCGUAGGUACACUCAUCUCAUUGCGACAUACGUUAUUAAUGUCAAAUAUAUUUUUAAUUUCAAUAAAUAUUUCGUCGUAAAUACGCACGUAUGUUCGGACUACCGGGAAUUAUGAGCAAAGGUGUCUCCGGCGUCGGCGGCAACAAUCGGAGUCACGGCACCAGUAAGACCAAUAACAGUAACAAUAAGAGUAAAACGCUUACGUAUCUGUUGUGGCUGAUCGGCGGCGUGUGCGGUCUGCACCAUUUCUACUUGGGCAGAGACCUGCAGGGCGUGCUUUGGUGGUGCACGUUCGGCGGAUAUUUCGGAUUUGGUUGGCUCAGGGAUCUGUUCUACAUCGGCGAGUACGUGGCCGACGCCAACAAGGACGAGAAAUACAUGAAAAAAGUCGACUACAUGGUUCGCGUGCACGAAAAGCCACCGUUUUCUACGGUUCGAUUCACUGGAAUGGUAGUAGUGGCUUAUCUUUUUAGUACCGUUGUAUCCUUAGCAAUACCUGAAGAUAAUGUUGGAGGACUUAGCUGGCAAUGGUUACAUAUAUUUACUCCUCUAGCAGCAGCUUUAGGAGUAUGGGCUGUGGGAAAUAUUGGUCAUGAAACAGGAUCUCUUAAAUGGCCUUUAAUAUGUGCAUAUUUGGUACCUAUGGUUGGUAAUCCAUUGAAAUCAUUUAUUUUUGAUAAAUGGGGCUAUGAUAUUGAUGAAUCUACAUCAUUUGCCAUAAUGAUAUUAUCGGCAGCAUGGUCAUUUGAUCACUUGGAAAAACGGUGGAGACCAAAAAACCAAAAGACUCCAGGUACUUUAAAGAGAAUUAUUGUAAUCAGUAUGUGCUGUUUAUUAUACAUGGCUUUAUGGAGUAGUUAUUUGUAUUUCAAUGCCAAAGUAACUGAUGAAGAAGGAGAUGAAGUACCAUUUCAUGAGGCGUUAGGUCAUUUUUUCAGUUCACCCUGGUGGUUAGACGUAAAACAAUCAUUUAUUGAUGUAUGGCAAUUUGCACAAGAACACGGGUGGAUGGAAACAUGGCGGCAAAUAGUUACAUUAUCUGAUCCUUCGGGUGAACAAAAUGCUUUUAAGGUGUUGGAAUUAAGAUCAGGAGCUACACAAACUGAAAUAAAAAAUCAAUGUAGAACAUUAGCAGUAAAAUACCAUCCAGAUAAAGCAAAAGAUGAUAUAACUAAGAAAGAUGUGCAAAACCGAUUCUUCGAAGUACAGCAAGCAUGUGAACUAUUAUCAAAUAGUAGAGCUAAAAGGCGAAGAAGAAAUAAACAAUUUAAUGAAGAACUUUAAGUUGCAAUAUUAUUAUUUUUUUUAUGAUGUAUCUAUCAUAAAAUCAUAAUUAUUUAUUCAUAUACUGUGAUAAAAAACAAAUUAACGUUUACUACAACAUUAUUUAAAAAUAGUAUUUUUCACAAAUGCUAUUGAUCAAGACAUUAAAUAUCUAUUUAUGUGACGGAUAAUUUUAAAACGAAAAUUCUAAGUAUAAAUUCUUUAUAUAUUAACUUAACAUUAUACUUUAUUAAAGAAUACCUUCAUUAGAUUUAUAGUGUUUUAAUUUUAGAAAUAUUCAUUAUCAUUUAUCAUACUAUAAUAUUGUCCAAUAAAACACUAGAAUUAUAUUCUAUAAGCGCUCAUUAAGUAUAAAUAUAUGCAUUUGUAUGUAAACCGAAUUAAACACCAAUAUUAUGUUUAUAUAUUUUGUAAGAACCAUAAGUGUAAUGUUUUCGAGUUUUCAGUGAGUCUCGAAGUUCCUAUAUAUAAUAAUAACGUUUAGUUUGUUUUUAAUAUGUAUUUAACUUAUAUACCAAACUUUAUAGUUUUAUUGUUUGUUUAAAAUUAAAUAAUUUUAAUUUAUCUUAUAGCUUAGUGUUAUUGUUUAAUGCCACUAUGCUUUAAACCAUAUACUGUACUUCCAAAAUAAUAUUUUCUAACUUUUUGUAGAAUCAAAUAUUUUGUUCUGUAAAAAAUUGUAUAGGUAUUUAUAUACAUACCUAACUUUAUAUAAUUACAUUUUAGAAGUGUUAGGAAACAAUGUAUAUGUUUUGUUAAAAUAUAGAUCAUAGUAAUUAUAAUAAUUAACAAUUAACUUUACAAUACGGUGCCAUUAUCAAAAUUGUAAUGCUAAUCUAUUUUUUUUUUUUUUUUUUUUUGUAAUCAGACUAUUAGUUAGACGAUUCAUAAACUUCAUGAUAUAUAAUAUAUUAAGAACAAUGGAAAAAAAAUAUUACAUGAUAUGGUUUAUUGACUCAUUUGUGUAAUUACUAUAAUUUUAAUAACAGCAAUGAAAAAAUAUUUAGCAUUAGGUAAUAAUAUACAUAUUAAAUUUUAAACAUAAAUAAACAAUAUCUUUAAGAGCACCUUAAUAUUUGAGAAUAUAACAUUCAUUUUCAUUUCACUUGGUUAAUUUUGUACAAUUAUAUUUCAUCCACCAUUUAACAACUAAACACAUUUUUUAUAACAAGUGACAAAUAAACAAAAAAAUUCUGUCUA